AUGGACAUUAUUACACAGAUAUUUGCUACAAGCAAUACAGAUCAUGUUAUAAAUGUAAAUAUGGGAGAUAUUAUUGAUGUUAUAUGUCCUCAGUUUCCAGAAGGUUCUGAUCCUAGGAAUUAUGAGUAUUAUACUAUAUAUAUGGUAAAUAAAACACAAUAUGAUGAAUGUACAAUUUAUAGUCCUAGAUCAGUGAUGUUUUUAGUAAAUUGUACAGAUCCAACUAAAAAUCCAGCUGAUUUUUAUACUUUUAUUAUAAACAACUUUCAAUCCAUUCCUGGUAAUCCUGACUUUAAAAGAGGAAAAAGCUAUUAUAUUAUAUCAACAUCCGGAGGUGGCUUAAAAUCUAUUAAAAAUCAAUUCCAAGGUGCUUGUUAUCAUCAGCAUAUGAAAAUCAGACUGAAUGUGUGUUGUGAAGCUAAUGAUACAGGUACUGAAAACCAGAAUACAGGGUCAAAUAACCAGGGGUCCAACGCUCAGGAUGGAAGGACGGGAUCGCCCAGUCAUGGGUCGGGUGAUUCAGGAACAUCAAAACCAGCCACAAAUAACAAAACACCAACCACAGUUACACCAAGUACAACAACCAGACACACUACAACUAAUGGAAAAACUCCAAGUACCGAUGAACCUAAAACAGAUCCGAACAAAACUCCACCAGAAAAAAAUAAUAUAGUUGAUAAUAAAAUUAUUCAUGCGAAUGGACCUAAAAAUGUAGGCUUAAUAAGUGACAAUGGCAAUGGCAGUGGUGUUGCCAAUAGUUUUAGUGUUUUAUUAGUGACAUUUACAGUUUUAUUAUCUGUAUCAUGUUGUUCAUAG